AUGAUUUACUCGAAUCUGAAAUUUUCUUGGAUUUACUCAAAUCCUAAAUUCUCUCAGAUCAUUGACUCAAUAAAAGCCCCCUUAGUGUAGGUUAAAGAAUUACCUCUUCGACCUUCCUCCAGCUCCAGUCCCCUCUAAUCGCGCGACUUUGUCUUCUGCUGCUGAUGAGCUCUUCCUCUUCUUCCUUCCAGAUGGGUCAGCUUGUAGCUGACAAGCAUGUACGUUACAUUCUUAUGGCAGAGAAGAAGAAAGAGAGUUUUGAGUCAGUGGUGAUGGAUCACCUAAGAAUGAAUGGUGCUUAUUGGGGACUCACCACUCUAGACUUACUCGACAAGCUUGGCUCUGUUUCCGUAGAUGAAGUGGUUUCAUGGCUCAUGACCUGCCAGCAUGAAUCUGGUGGCUUUGCUGGAAAUACUGGACAUGAUCCACAUGUUUUGUAUACACUGAGUGCUGUACAAAUCUUGGCUCUCUUUGACAAACUCGACAUUCUUGACGUUGGGAAAGUAUCAAGUUAUGUUGCUGGUCUGCAGAAUGAAGAUGGAUCCUUCUCAGGAGAUAUCUGGGGAGAAGUAGAUACGAGGUUUUCGUACAUAGCUAUAUGCUGUCUCUCAAUAUUGAAAUGUCUUGACAAAAUCAAUGUUGAGAAGGCCGUUGAUUACAUUGUUAGCUGCAAAAAUCUUGAUGGUGGUUUUGGGUGCACACCUGGAGCAGAAUCACAUGCAGGACAGAUUUUCUGUUGCGUGGGUGCUCUUGCUAUUACUGGAAGCCUCCAUCAUGUUGAUAAGGACUUGCUUGGUUGGUGGUUAUGUGAAAGACAAGUCAAGUCAGGGGGUUUAAAUGGACGACCCGAGAAGCUGCCUGAUGUUUGCUAUUCUUGGUGGGUCUUAUCGAGCCUGAUCAUGAUAGAUAGAGUUCACUGGAUUGACAAAGCAAAGCUUGUCAAGUUCAUCUUGGACUGUCAGGAUUUGGAGAACGGAGGCAUCUCAGACAGACCCGACGAUGCUGUUGAUAUCUUCCACACCUACUUUGGAGUUGCAGGGCUUUCCCUCCUUGAGUAUCCCGGAGUCAAAGCAAUUGAUCCAGCCUACGCUUUGCCUGUUGAUGUCAUCAAUCGGAUUCUCCUAACCAAAUGAAGACAUAUGCUUGCAAUGGUGUAUGCCACUAAAAUGGUCAAAUUUCGCAGUUGCUCUGUUCAUUGGUUGGUUUACCUAAGACGGUUUUAGAAGUUUAUUUUAACGCAAUUUGGGAAUUAAACGAACUAUGUGGAUUCAAGUGAUUUACUAAUGGAAGAUGAGAUGAUUUUGCUAUUUCUUGGUCCGUUCCUUGAGCACUUUACAGAACUCAACAAGCGCUUAGUGUUGUAUUACUUGCUGGGAGAUUAUUAUUAUAAAUC